UAAGAAGGAAUCCAUGGUUCGGGGGGUUUUAGGAUCCCCAUGGAAACGGAGUAUGGUUAAAAAAAAAAAAAAAAAGAUGUCAUCCCGCUCGGACAGGGCGAGUAGGGAAGACUCACUGGACCGGCUCCUGCCCCUCGCCGGGGCCCUUCGCAAGAAGAGUACCACAUCUUUGAGUAAAACUGAGCCUCCUCUGCUCCGCACAGGCACUCGCACCAUAUACACCGCUGGACGGCCUCCCUGGUAUGACAAGCACAGAGCUCAGUCAAAAGAGGCCUUUGUCAUCGGGCUGUGUGGGGGCAGCACCUCAGGGAAGACCACUGUGGCCAAUAAAAUCAUUGAGGCUCUGGAUGUGCCAUGGGUUGUCUUGUUGUCGAUGGAUUCUUUCUACAAGGUUUUGACUCCUGAGGAACAGAAUCUGGCGGCAAGUAACGACUAUAACUUUGACCACCCUGGGGCAUUUGAUUUUGAGCUGCUGGUUGCAAUGCUGCGAAAACUGAAGCAGGGCAAGAGUGUGAAGAUCCCAGUGUACGACUUCACCACACACAGACGACACAAAGACUGGAAAAAUCUGUACGGUGCCAGUGUAAUCAUAUUUGAAGGAAUUAUGUCUUUUGUGGACAAAGAGCUUCUUCAGCUCCUGGAUAUGAAGAUCUUUGUGGACACAGACUCUGACAUCCGGCUGGUCCGACGGCUCCACAGGGACAUCACAGAGCGCAGCCACGACAUAGACGGCGUCAUAAAGCAGUACAACAAGUUUGUGAAGCCAGCGUUUGAGCAGUACAUCGAGCCGACCAUGAGGCUGGCUGAUAUUGUUGUGCCAAGAGGUGAGACAGAAGGAGUGGUGGGACACAUGGUGGCCAUAGAUCUGAUAGUCCAGCACAUUUAUAGCCAGCUGGAGGAGCGUGAGCUCAGUGUCAGGUCGUUACUGACUGCCACUGCCUCUGCGCAGCAGACACAGCCGCUCCCCCAGACGCUCAGUGUGUUAGAGAGCACGCCGCAGGUCAGAGGUCUCCACACCAUCAUCAGGAACAGAGAAACCAGUCGAGACGAGUUUAUCUUCUACUCCAAGAGAUUAAUGCAGCUUCUCAUAGAACAUGCACUGACGUUUCUUCCAUGUCAGAAGUGUAUAGUUCAGACUCCACAGGGUCAGGAGUACGAGGGUCGCAGUUACAAUGGAAAAGGGAUCACUGGUGUGUUGAUCCUGCGGGCCGGAGAGACCAUGGAGCCUGCCCUGAGGGCUGUGUGCAAGGACGUCUGCAUCGGCAAGAUCCUUAUUCAGACCAACCUUGACUCAGGCGAACCGGAGCUGCAUUACCUGCGUCUGCCCAAAGACAUCAGUGAAGAUCAUGUCAUCCUAAUGGACAGCACCAUCUCCACCGGCGCUGCUGCUAUGAUGGCAGUACGAGUCCGCCUGGAUCACGAGGUGCAGGAGGAUAUCAUGUUGGUGUCACUGCUGAUGGCUGAGCUGGGCGUGCACUCUGUGGCCUACGCCUUCCCAAAAGUCAAAAUUAUCACUACAGCUGUGGACAAGCGUGUGGAUGAUUUUUUACAUGUUAUUCCUGGUAUUGGGGACAUUGGGGACCGGUACUUUGGGACAGACCGAGCUGACACAUGGAGUGUUGAAGAUGUCCAGAACCAGCCAUCAAGUUGAUA